GACGAGUAGCUGAUUCUCCUUGCGUUUGCACCUCUCUGCUUGAAAUUCCCGGUUCAGCCACCCGCACAUUUACCUAUUGUAAGAACCGUAUACUAGAAACCUGUCCGUCAUUUUCACCCGGCGCCUAUCAGGCCCGCGCGUGCAUCUAUCAUGACACCCAGCAAUCGGCUCACUCCACCCCUCGAUGACGAUGACGACGCGCUGAGGCUGCACCAGAAGACAAUAUCUCGAUAUGGGAGCUUGAUGACGGAUGCAAUAAGCCACCCUGGCAUGCAAGAACCAGAAGCUGGCUACGGAGAGAACGGAGAUCUGAGUGGGCUUGACCGAGACGACGGUGAGGACGUCGAUGAACCUUACGCCGACCCAGCACCCGACCCAGCACCCGAGAUCGAGAAAGCAAGAUUGGACUUGAAGACAAAAAUUUCCGAAGACCGUAAGAUUGACUGGGAGGACGAAGCGGCUUGGGAAGCACAUCCAAACUACGAAGAGUACAGAAAAGACGUCGCCAGUCUGAUCCGAAUUGAGCGAGACUAUCUCGCAGGGACGUCAUCGGACGAGUCUCCCAUCAACUUCCUCCAAUAUGUGCUACAGGAGGCUCCAAGGUUCUAUCCAUAUCUUGUGGGACCUCAAAAGGCGAAAUUUCUCCUCCAGCUUAUCUUCAAGUUCGAGCCAGUUGAUCUAAGUCCCAAGUACGGGCCACGACUCCUUCACGCCGCCGUCACAGCCGACAUCGAGGUGAUGAAACAUGCUCCCCAGUUACGUCCCGACAUAACCAUCUACCUGUGCAAAUUGAUGAAGGACCAAGCAGCCGAAGGAAUCUGCGAAGUGAACGAUGCUAAACAGAAUAUCCUCCACCUAGCCAUAUUGCAUGAUCUUCGAGGUGUCGAGGGUCUGAUUAAAAUGGCAGGUCGGAGAGCUUUCAUAGAACAAAGAAGUACAGGGGAUUCCUGCGACGGCAACACGCCUCUCCACGAUGCCCUAGAUAUGAAGAAAUUCAUCCGGCCAGUGCCUACCUGCCAGAUCCCGACUCCUAUACUGGGUCCACCGGCUGUGGCGGCGCGGAACGCGACGUGGCCAAGCGUCGCGCAAUGGCCCGUCACCAUUAGCGAUAUUCCCGGCGCCCCUCAAGCCCAGGAACCACCGAUACAGGUUGUCAGUAAUCAAUCCAGGCCGCGUGAGAGCGCGACGUCCAUCCCUCAGAGCAGACAGGUGCGAAUAACGCCUUCCUACGCUUGCAAGACCUGCAUAGCGGUGCACAGGCAGAAUAAAGCGGUCCUUGAAAAAGUUAACAAAAUUAUCGAUCUUCUCCUGAAGCAAGCCGGAGGGGAAGAGGCUCUUACGAUCCAUAACUCGGCCGGACUGUCUCCAUAUCUCUACCUGUAUACCUCGUACCAUGAACGGGCCGAAAAAAGGUGUGCAAAAUCCCGUUCAGACGUGGUAAAUGGGCAGAGCCCAUUGCUAACUCAGGGGAUCAACACUGCCGCUGGGGUGAUGCCAAUCAACACGGGACCGAGAAGAAAAAACACCGAGCACACGGGGGAGAACGCCAUAGAAGGCGGCAGCUCGCAUCUCCAGCUUGAAAAGGUGGAAAAGGAGAAGAAACAAGCGCAGCGGCUGGAUCCUCCCAUCCAAGGACAAGGUGAGGGUGCGGCGGGUGCUGCCGAUGCCAAGGGAAAUCAUAACAUCGGAGGUGUGGCCGGGCCGCGGAACAACUCCAGAGCUCCCGCGCAUAGCAUGAAGACCCUCAGACAAAAGGAAAUUGGUUGUAAAGAAGUAUUAGACAAGCUAUGGGAGAAUUCCUUUAGGUUAGGGGGUUACAAGAAGGCGUGUGACUGCUUGUUUCGCAACCAAAGCGUCAAGAGGUCUCCUUACUGGACUGGAGAGCUCGAGCGCCAGUGGCAAUUUUCCCUUGAAGGAGACCAACGGGUGCAGUCCAACACAACCAGAAAUUUCAACUUUCUCAAAUUCGAAACCACGAUGGCGUCUGUUGUUCUGAGCCUCGAGUACAGUCAGGAAGUUUUAGACAUCCUACCCAAGGACGACCAAGAAAAGGCCGAGAUAUGGGCUAAGGACGAGGAAAAUCUAAAGAGGGUGUUCGAGUGGCUCAAGACGACGAAGGGAGUCAAGACCAUCCUAAGCCUCACGGUUAAGGAUAACCCGGAUCAUUACUGCUCUGACGACACUGUCGAGGAAUGCCUGAGGGGUCUGGAGGUCAUGUACCUGAACUGGAACCGACCCGACUUGUGCGCUAACAGAUAUACCCUGCCUCCAACUCUGGUCGAGGUUUCUCUGCACUGGUCUGGGCUGAACUCGGUCUUGUGGAGCUGGUCCGCCACGGAGGGGCUUCAAACACUGGAGAAGCUUCAGCGGGUUUAUAUCUACAUCCGAAAAGGUACCGAACUAGAAGACAGGUCGAGGAAAGUCAAGGUUGCCCAAUUCCAGGAUCGUGUCAAAAAAUGGCAGAAACGGAAACCCAUUCUCAUAACUGUCCGUAAUGAUGACCGAGCAUUCAGAGAGGGUGGUAAGAGUCGUGGAUUGAACAGCCUUCAAGCUCCGGUUCAUCCAUGGCUGAAACACGUUUCGGGAUUUUGCGAUAAGCUCUUCACCCUCUACCAUAAUCAGUCGUUCGCUUCCAAUACUCGUCCGCGCCGUGUCAAAAUCGCUCUCCUUGACGACGGAGUAGAUCCGACGUAUGAGCGAAACGGCGAGAACCUCCACCACGCCGGUUGGCCACCAAUAUACUCCGGAGAACCGGAACCGGGGCCCAGGAGCUUUUACGUAUCUACUGACCAGCAUGGCAGCAAGAUGGCGUGGCUGAUACGCCAGGUCUGUCCGUUUGUGACUAUCUAUGUAGCCAAGCUAGACGUUGAGAGCGGCGAGGAUCCGAGCCAGCGGUCUUUCAACCUAUCGCAGGCCACAAAAGCCAUCCUUUGGGCAAUUAAGCAAAAGGUAGAUAUCAUCUCAAUGAGCUGGAAUGUGUGCCACGUUUCCGGAAGAAUGACGGCAGAGGAGAGAGAUGAGAUCAAAAAUUUCGAGGCUGCCAUCACAGAGGCGGCUCGGGAGGAUAUCCUCGUAUUCGGGGCGGCGUGCGACGUCAAGCAGAGCACGCCGUCGGACACAUGGGUGCCCUGUGGCAACCAGAACGUGUUUAGCAUCGGAGCCACCGACAUGGACUUCGACGUCAAAAAAUACGUCAACUUGAACAAAAAAGUGGACUACCUCUUCCCUGGCGAGCACAUCUUAAGCCGGAUCGAGGAUGCCGAUGCCGGAAACUCGGGCGCAACAGCGUUAGCCGCUGGUCUUGCUGCCCUGGUGUUCUUUUGUAUGCUGGCCGAGGGCGAAGCUCUUCCGAUCGAUAGGCGUGUUUGGAUGAAAAACGUAUUUGCAAAAGUGUUUGAUGGUGAAAUGAACAAAGUGGUACACGUGAAGGACGUCCUACGUUUAGACGACCAGGGAGGCAUUCUUCACCUCGUGAAAAAGUUCGCGGCCCAGAAGGAUUGAUGCGACAGUAUUAAGAGUAUAUACUAAGGCAGAAAAAAGACAUUAUUUACGAACAGUCACAUCAACCGAGGUU